AUGUUCCGAGAAAUAGCAACAAAAGAAGCCAAGAAAAGCAUAUGGAAAGAAAGUAUAGAGAAAAUAAUAGAAGACUUUACUAAAUUAAACGAACUUAUAAAUAAGUAUAAAGAAAAUAAUAUUAAGGAUGGGGAAAUGCACACGCAGAACAUCCACAAAACCCAUGAGACCGAUUUGCUUCAGGUACUGUGGGACUCGAACCCGAUUAAACCCCACCUCCUUAGACUACGGUGCAUCAAGCUCCGCCGUACCCAUUGGGCUUUGUCUUUAGGAGAAUCUUUGGUCAUCGGAUAA